AUGGACGCCGCAAAGUUUCCAGAUUUCCAAUCGUCGUUGUUCAAGGCUUUGGUCUCUACGACCAGGGCUGCGACGAUUCUUGGAGCACAGGAUCUUGCCUUUCACAGGUCGCUCGAUCCGUCUUUUGGAGAUUCGUUGGAUGAAUGCAGUACGAGGCUGUUGGAGUUGACAAACUCGUUGGUGAAAAUUGCGAGUGCGGAUGCUGCUGAUACAUUUGACGAUGAGGAUGAUCUGAAUGACCGUUGGGGUGACGUCGUGGAUGUUGUCGACACUUUGUUGGAAAAGUCGGAUGUAUGCAUCGAUGAGUUUACAGGGGCCACGAAGAAGAACAAGGUUGCACAGGGAGCUGCCGGAGUCACUCAGAUUUCGAAGACAGGCAAGGCAAAGGAGAGACUCGACUACAACCUCGUACACGCCGAGAACAUCGUCAGACCACAACUGAAGUUUAAGACCGAGCCGGACAAUUCGGAGACUACGCCAUGGAAGUGGAAGUUGACGUCGAAGCCGAACGCAAUUGUGCCGUUGAAGGAUCUUUCGUCAAAGAUGGAUGUGGAUGAUUCGGAGGAGUUGCCGUCGUUGCCUCACCCUUACGAGCCGGAAAUUACGCAGUCCUCGUACCCCACCGUCAUUUACGAACAGAAGGAGCCCAUCCCGCCGAAGCCCUUUGCAGAGACCAGUGCAAGCUGGGUCGACUCACAAGAGAAGUUGAUGGAUAUGCUUGAGGAGUUAAAGAAGGCGGAUGUGAUCGCUAUCGAUUUGGAACACCACGAUUACCGCUCCUUCCAAGGUUUUGUCUGUUUGAUGCAAAUUAGUACUCGCGACCAGGACUGGCUUAUCGACACCUUGGAGUUGCGUGAGGAGUUGGAGGUUUUGAACGAGGUCUUCACCGACCCUAAAAUUGUCAAGGUCCUUCAUGGUGCUUCUAUGGAUAUCGUGUGGCUCCAGCGUGACUUCGGGUUGUACAUUGUCGGUCUCUUCGACACGUACUUUGCCUCCAAGGUGCUGAACUACGAGGGUCACGGUCUUGCUUACCUCCUUAAGAAGUUUGAGGACUUCGACGCGGACAAGAGGUACCAGUUGGCUGACUGGCGUAUUCGUCCUUUGCCUCCUGCUAUGUCCGCCUACGCACGCUCCGACACGCAUUUCUUGCUUCACAUCUUCGAUCACUUGAGGAAUGAGCUCUUGGCUGGUUCAAACCCUACUACCCAGAACCUGAUGGAAUCGGUGUUGGGUUCCUCCCGCCAGACCGCCUUGAAAAUCUACGAGAAGGACGUCUACGACACCGAAGGCGGACUCGGCAAGGACGGCUGGCGUAACCUCCUCAUGAAAUCCGGUGCGAACAGAAUCUUGGAUAAGAAGCAGCUUGCCGUCUUCAAGGCUCUUCACCGUUGGCGUGAUCAGGUCGCGAGGCAGGAGGAUGAGUCCGUGAGGUUCAUUUUGCCGAAUCACAUGCUCGUUACUCUAUCUUCGGCUAUGCCGGAUGAUGUUCCUGGGGUGUUGAGUUCGUGUAAUCCUACACCUCCGUAUAUCAGAAUGUCUGCGAGUGAUGUCGUUGCUGUUAUUCAGGCUGCGAAGGAG